AUGCAAACGGGUGGAACGAUACUGAGACGCCUCGGCGCAAGUAGAAACCGGCAGAUGCGCAGAAGAGCGAGCACUGUCUCGUACGGCUACCUAAAUCUAACCGUGAAUGACAAAAUUAUGCCCUACGUGGAUGAGCUAAAGAAAAAUAUAAUAUACGUUAGCAGUUACAAAGAUUGCAAAGCGUACGUGCAAGAAAUUCAAAAAAGUGUCCAGGAUGGCAAAUUAAAUUGUAUCGGUCUUGAUGUAGAAGGAUAUAAAAUAGGAAGAAACGGCACAGUGAGUCUUGUGCAAAUAUGCGCACAGGAUGUGUACCUGUUCGACGUUUACAAAUGUGAUAAUACUUUUUUGUUCAUAAAAUGUUUAAAGGAAUUACUGGAAGAUGGAAGAAUUGUAAAAAUUACACAUGACUGUAGGGAGGAUUGUUCGAUCCUGUUCAACCAGUAUAGCAUUAGCCUUAACAACAUAUUCGACACGCAAGUAGCUUACAAUUUACUUUCGAAGGAAACGAAAAAGGACCUGUAUCAAAUAAGUUACGACGACUUACUAUAUAAAUGCUUACUUUUACAUAAUAAGCAUAAAAUAUAUUUUCAUAAGAUGAUUUCUCUUGAUCAGAAGAUAUAUUUGAAGAGACCCAUAGGGAAGGAACUGAUCCAUUAUGCCAUCCAGGAUGUAAUAUAUUUAAAGCCACUUAUGUUGAAUUUGGUGGACAGGCUACUCCGUGUAUGUAAAGAUGGUGAAGCAAGAAGUGAAUCAUUUGGUGAAGACGACUCGCCCAGCAUUGAAAACAGUGAUGAUGUGAUUGGCGAAGAAGCAUAUAGUAAUCUAACUGAACAUAAGAAUAACUUAAUAAAACGUAUUACAAAACUGAGUGAGAGAUACAUCAACUACCAGUUUUUAAAUACUCAUGUUAAAAAUGAGAAAGAACUACAGAAGGGAAUGAUCCUCGAUGGUAUGAUCGUCUCCUGCAACAAUUUAAACCUCUAUGUCAAAUUGAAUUUGAGCAGGACGGGAGUCAUAACAAAUUGUCUGAGGAACGAGUUCGAAAUUGGGGAUAUGGUUAAGUGUGUCAUCCUGGGAUUUUGUAAUAAUGAUUACAUCAAACUGGGGUUGUGUGACCCGUCCCAGUGUGUGGUGACGCGUGAAGUGGGGCAUUAA